AUGUUCAAAGGAAUUCGUUUAGUUACACCAAUAAUCACAACUGGUGCAAUCAUGACAAUACCCACAUCCAAUCAAAUGAUAUUCAACGAAUCUACUAAGAAACGUAGUUUCUAUGAGGAUGAUGAAAAUGUUGUUCCAAUACCAGGGACAGUUACUCCAGCACCUGCUACUGAAUUAGAAUCUUUAGGAUCCAAUAGAAUUAUAGAUGGCAUUUCGGUACGUUCUACCCCAAGCACAGAAAACUUGUUCAAAUCUGUCAGAAAAUUCACUGAAUCAACAGUUGACAGUUUAAGGUUUUGGGCUGAUCAAAAAUAUCAUCAAUAUAAUAAAACUGAGAGAUCAGUGACAGAUACUGUAAGUUCAUUACACAAUAAAUCAGAAGAUCUUUUACCAAAUUCAUUAUACAUUCUUGUUGCCGUUUUAUCUGGUACCAUAGCUGGAAGAACUCGUGGAGUUUUAGCAAAAAUUACGUUGCCAACUGUUUUCGGAUUGACCGCUUUUAAAUAUUUUUUGCCUCAAACAUUUAAUAACACCGCUGGAUUCUUUUGGAAAUUAGAAAAAGAAAAUGUACCUCAAAUAGCUGCUCAACAAGAGUCUGCUUACAAUAGUGCUGUGGGGUUAGUACAUUCUAUCGAAGAAACUACUGAAAGUGGGAAAAAAAGUAUUGAAAAUGGUACUAAAUCAUUGAAGAAAUCUAUUGCCAACAUCACUGGUUUGAAUCUUGACGAGGAGGUAUCCAAGAAAUAA